AUGGCUGGCCCGUUUGGUUCUUCUGCUGGCCGCGGCCACAGGGGAGGUGCGCUAGGCGUGCAAGGCUCAGCGGGACGAGGAAGAGGGGCGCACCCUGGGAAUUCGUCGACACAUGCGGUGAAAGGAUCAGGUGCCCAGCGCGCAACUAGAGCUCGAGGUCGGGGACGAGGGUCAGCGACGUGGACGGCUCGUGGCCGCGGUCGCGGCGCGGCCGUUGUGAACCAUACCACGAACGGCACACCUCAGACUGGGGAAGCCCCUGGGUCUACCGUUGCACAUUCACCGUUCGCGCAAUUGAAUCAACAAAAGUCUGUCGCUUCUCCGUUUGGCGUUCCGUCCGCCCAGCAGUCUCCCUUUUCCAAGGCCGCAGAUGGUACUUCGCAAGGCGCAAAGAACCCGUUCGCCAAACCUGCGACCACAAUGAAUAGGCAAACGUCGGGGAAGUUUGGUGGAGCAGGCUUCAAUGCUUCUGGAUCCAUGGGCAAUGCGUCCUCGAUGCAGAGUUACCAGGAGCGCUUUGAUAAACUGAAAAUCGAUCAAGUCAAGCAGCGUGAACGCGCCAUCAGGGAUGGCCAAAUGGCCGACCCUAACCAGCCUACCUCGCUCAAUCAGGCAAUUACACCCGUGGGAACCUGUACUAGGAUGUGCCCGGAGUUCGAAAGUGUCGAGCGUAUCGUGCAAAAGGCUGUCGACAAAUGCGAAAAGGUAAUUAUCCAGCACUUUAAUCCUGCGACGAAUCAGCUUGAGAUAACGGAAUCCAAGAUGGUUAAACGCUUCCGACGUGCAGCCGCUGGAAACGACGAGCAAUUGCCCUCAGAUAUCCGAACACCGCAGACGCUUUUGCAAACCAUGAACUAUCUCAUCCGCCAUGUCAUCAAUGGCAGCGAGCCAUUGGCCGCGGUACACAUGUUCGUCUGGAAUCGAACUCGCUCGAUUCGAAACGACUUCUCAGUGCAGCAACUUACGCACGAAGAAGAUGUCAAGAUGGCAGUAACUUGUCUGGAAAGGAUAGCACGAUUCCAUAUCGUGUCUUUGCAUCUCCUUUCGAGCCCAGCGAACACCGAGCCAUUUGACCGUCAUCAAGAGCGUGAGCAGCUUAACAACACAAUGCUUUCCCUCAUGUACUACUAUGACGACAAUCGCGGACGCAUUCACUUCCCCAAUGAGGAUGAAUUCCGUGCAUACCACAUCUUGUUCUCCAUUCAUGACCAGCGGCCUGACCUGGAAGCUCGUGUCUCAAAGUGGCCAGUCGCUCUACUCGCUUCGCCUCGGGUCCAGGUGGCCUUGGAACUCUUUGCUGCUGCGUGUAAUACAUGGGAACCUCAAGGUGCUCUUGAUGCUCGCCGGCCCAAUGCCAUUGCUCAGGGCUUGUAUGCUCGCUUCUUCAACAUCAUCCAUUCGCCAAGCGUUAGCUAUCUGAUGGCCUGCGUAGCGGAGGUUUACUUCAACCAUAUUCGCCAAACAGCCAUCCGUGCGAUCUGGAAAGCCUACUGCCGGACUCCACUGUCCCAGCAAUCGAAGAAUGAUCACUGGACUGUGAAGGAAUUGACUAAGGUGUUGCAUUUCGAUCAUGAUGAGCAGACCGUCGAAUACUGCAAUGCUCAAGGUUUGGAAUUCGUGACCAAUGCCAAUGGCGAGUCCUAUCUGAAUUGGGGAAAUCGUCCUGUUGACUCUGUCGAUUUUGCGCCUUCCUCCGAGCACUCGUUCUCGGAAACCUACGUGGAAUCAAAACGUGCAGGUCGGAAUCUUGUCUCCAUCAUUCUUGGUAUGAGUAUCAGCGAAGCCGCAAGAAUGGGCAUGAUUGACCGCUCUCACUUGCCUCACAAGAGCGAGCACCUUGCCGAGGCCGAUGCCGUAGACGAGGACGAGGAUCUCUUCGUGAGUGAUGCCGACAACCAAACUCCCGCGCCUGUUGUCGACACCACGGCUCCCUUGUCCCCGGACAUGACCGCAUCUGGAUUCCCUAGCACGUUUUCCGAGAAACCUGCGCAGCCCACACCUGCAAGUACACCACCUUUCUCACAGCCAGCCUUUCCAUCCGCCGCUUCAAAUCCGUUCGCCGCUUUUCAGCCAUCAAAGACAUCUCCGUUGGCUUUGUCUGGAAACGAAUUGAAGCCUACCACCACAUCUGCUUUCCCUCCAUCAAACCCUUUUGCAACAUCGUUCCCCGCCAGCUCUGGCGCAUCCGCCACUCCGUCUCCGUUCGCUUUGUCUGGAACUGAAGCGAAGCCAACCACCGCACCCGCCUUCCCUCCCCCGAAUCCUUUCGCAGCCUCGCUUCCUGCCAGCCCUGGCGCAUCCGCCGCCCCGUCGCCGUUCGCUUUACCUAAAAAUGAAGCAAAGCCUACCACUACAUCCGCUUUCCCCACAUCAAACCCUUUCGCAACCUCGUUCCCCGCCGGCUCUGGCGAAUCCGCUACCCCAUCUCCGUUCGCUUUGCCUGGAAGCGAAACGAAGCCCACCACCGCAUCCGCUUUCCCUCCCUCAAAUGCUUUCGCAGCCUCGCUUUCUGCUAGCUCUAGCGCAUCCGCCACCCCAUCUCUCUUUGCCCCCGCGCCGAAUUCAUUCGCGCUCACAGGGGCCCCCGAAUCAACAAAAAAGACCGAAGCACCUGCUGUCGGCACAAGCACAGCACCCUCGCCUUUUCCAACCAAUCCACCCUCUUCCAAGCUGGACACCCCCAACAAGCCAGCUUUCUCGUUUACAAGCCCUCCGGACCCCUCGCCAUCCCCUUUCGCCUCAUCUACAUCCCUUACGUUCUCCAAGCCAGCAUUCCCAACUCUGCAGGCGCAGACACCCGGAGCGACUCCGCUUGCGCCAUCUCCGCUUUCGCAGCCUGGUCUCUUCCCUCCUGUAUCCACGGGCGCAGACAAACCUGCAUCCUUGUUCUCGAGAGUCUCGACUUCUGAGCCACCCGCUGUGACAAACCCCUUUGCUGCGGUGACCUCCUCUUUCACCAAGCCAGCAGACACCAAGCUAGUUGAGGAAAGACAGACAGAUGCGCAAUUCAAAGUACCGGCAAUCCCAUCGACUUCCGGGCAGCCCUUCUCGCCUUCCUCGGCGAAGGACACGAGUAGCAUUCCGGGACCACCAGAAGCGGUUGCAAGCCAAUUCCCAGCUCCGGGCUUUAUCACUGAGACUCCCAAGCCACCGCAGCCAAGCCAGGAACCAGAGGCCCCAGUAACCACUGCCCCCACUUCCGAGAAGCCAUCGCCGCCUGUAUCUGCGCCAUCGAGCAGCUUCCCUCCGAUCAAGCCGAGUGAACCUUCGGUGUUCAGCCGCUCCGCUCCAGUGACAGCACCUCUGGCACCUAACAUACAGUCCGGGCCACUUCCCGUCAAUGCCUCAGCUUCCGUUUCAGGCAAGCCUAAGCCCGUUUCGCGUCCCUUGCAGAUGCCUCCGUCGCCUCCUGCCACCCUCUUCGAAGCACUCCGGCGGCCUCAGUCUACCAUGAAAAUCUUCGAUGCUACCUCGAGUGAAUACUCGCCCGACACGGCAACAUCUGCGCCGGCAAGGCCCCUUUUCCCCACUCCAGAUUCAGACGAAUUCGGACAGCAAGCAUCAAGUAAACGGCAGCGCGAGGCCACAGACACAGUCACAGACAAGCGGAAAAGGAGACGUUCCUCAUUGAAAGGAAUAUCAUCCGUUACAUCAACCGAUGGUGCCACCGAACGCUCCGUUCACUUCGAAGAGAACCACGAGAAUCAACAGGCUCUCCGCAAAGAGGACCUGGGCCCGAGUACUACGCUAUCCAAGGAGCACACAAAGGAGGACAGGUUCCCAUUCAAGUACUCCGUCUACGAUGCCGUAAACAGGCCCAUGCCGAAACUUCCGAUCCUCGAGAAGCUCGAAGCGAAACUCGCCCGAGUCAAAGAAUUGUGCGAGCCGAAACCCCCGACUCCCGAACAACUCGAAGCCAUCGAGGAGGCCCGACGCAAACUGGCCCGGCAAAUCGACGAGGACGAGCUCGCGCUCAGUCGAGCACGAAUCCUAGCAGAGACAUUGAGAAGGGGUCCCGGAAUCUUCGACGGUAUCACUGGCUACAAGCCCGCCACUGGGGACCGUUCUUGGAACGGCUCAACCUAUAAACCCGCUGACAAGUAUCGCGCCCUCCUUGCCCGCUUGCACCCACGCUCCCCCUAUGUUCCUCCUCGUCUGACACUUGACGGAACCUCCAGUGGUCACGAGGUUCACGUCGCCGAUGACGAGCCGGAACAACACCGCGUUUCCCAUGGCCCCAUUCGGAAUCGCCGAUCCAUUACCCGCGACCCUCGUGACCUCCGCCGUGUGUCUUUGAAUUCCGAUACUCACAGGCAAAGCAGGGUGGAGAGAGCCAAUGCUAUGAGGGCCAGACAGGGCAAGGCCGACUACAAGGAGAGGAAGGGCGCUGAUGAAGGGGUUAAGAACCCCAAAAGUAGCGACAAGGGUGGUCACGAGAAUGAUGAACAGGAAGAGCAGGGCUGGUAUUUCCCAAGAGUCUAA